GGUCAGACAUACAAAGCUGAUUUACCUCUAACGGACUCGCAUGCUAAGCUUUUCAUUUGCAACACUAUACGCGAUGUUGAAGAAUACACAAACACUUCCCCAUUCUCCUCUCUGCUCUGACAUUCUCUGAUGGCGAAGUCUAGCGCCGAUGAUGACGAGCUCCGGCGAGCCUGCCAGGCUGCGAUCGAAGGCACGAAACAGAAGAUCGUCAUGUCCAUUCGAGUUGCCAAGAGCCACGGCGUCUGGGGAAAGCCGGGAAAAUUGGGCCGCGGUCAGAUGGCCAAACCCAGGGUUCUAGCCAUUUCCACGAAGCAAAAAACUCAGCGGACUAAAGCCUUUCUCCGCGUCUUAAAAUAUUCUAGUGGAGGAGUACUUGAAGCUGCAAAUAUCUAUAAGCUAAAGCAUCUUUCAAAGGUGGAGCUUGUAACCAAUGAUCCAAGUGGCUGUACAUUUACACUGGGAUUUGAUAAUCUUAGGAGUGCUACUGUAGCCCCCCCUCAGUGGACAAUGCGCAAUGUUGAUGACAGGAAUCGACUCUUGCUUUGCAUCUUAAACAUUUGCAAGGAUGUAUUGGGUGGUCAUCUUCCUAAGGUUAUUGGCAUAGAUGUGGUGGAGAUGGCACUUUGGGCAAAGGAAAACACACCUGCGGUUAACAAGAAACAAAGUGCCAUUCCUCAAGAUGGGCAGCCGGUGGUCGUUGUGGAAGAAGAAGCAGAUACGAAAGUGACUGUUGAAAAGGAACUCGUGUCUCAAGUAGAGGAGGAGGAUAUGGAGGCUCUUUUAGGCACUUAUGUCAUGGGUAUUGGUGAAGCUGAGGCAUUUUCUGAGAGGUUAAAGAGAGAGCUUCAAGCUUUAGAAGCUGCAAAUGUGCAUGCUAUAUUAGAAAACGAGCCUUUAGUAGAUCAGGUACUGCAAGGGCUUGAGUCUGCCUCUAAUUGUGUUGAAGACAUGGAUGAAUGGUUGGCAAUAUUUAAUGUAAAACUUAGACACAUGAGAGAAGACAUUGAAUCGAUUGAAGCUAGGAAUAACAAGUUGGAAAUGCAGUCAGUGAACAAUAAGAAACUAAUAGAAGAGCUUGAUAAGCUUGUUGACAGAUUUUGUAUCCCUCCUGAGUAUUCAGCAUGUCUAACGGGUGAUUCGUUUGACGAGGCAUGCAUGCAUCAAAAUAUUAAUGCUUGCGAGUGGCUAACAAAUGCUACAUGUGGCCUUGAAGCACCAAAUUUGGAUUCUACUUUUGCAAAUAUGCGAGCCGUAAAAGAGAAGCGGGCAGAACUUCGGAUACUGAAAAUGAAUUUUGCUAGGAGAGCUUCUGAUUUCUUGAGAAACUACUUUUCCAGUCUGGUUGAUUUCAUGAUAAACGACAAGAAUUGUUUUUCGCAGCGUGGGCAAUUGAAGAGACCAGACCAUGCUGAUCUACGGUACAAAUGCCGGACAUAUGCUCGACUUUUGCAACACUUGAAGAUUCUUGACAACAGCAGUUUGGGAUCACUAAGAAAGGCUUACUGUGCAUCCCUUAAUUUACUUCUGCGCCGGGAGGCUCGUGAGUUUUCAAAUGAACUUCGUGCCAAUACGAAGGCACCAAAAGCUGCAAUUAUAUGCCUUGAUGGUUCUGCAGGAUUCAACCAGAAUCUGUGUAAUGUGGACACUUCUGCAGUCUCAGAGGCGUAUUCUAAAAUGCUUACAAUUUUUGUACCACUAAUGGUGGAUGAGAGUUCCUUCUUUGCACAUUUUAUGUGCUUUGAAGCUCCUGCACUUGUUCCACCAGAAGGUUCUGGCAGUAAGAGUAUGCGUGAUGAGGAUGAUUCCAAGUCUGAUGAUUUAGGAAUUAUGGAUAUUGAUGAUAACAAUAAUAACAAUAAUAACAAAGCAGGUAGAAGUUCUGCCGAUCUGGAGGAACUGAAUGAAUCCCUCCGCGAUUUGCUUGAUGGAAUACAAGAAGACUUUUAUGCUGUGGUAGACUGGGCUUACAAGAUCGAUCCUUUGCGGUGCAUAUCGAUGCAUGGAAUUACAGAGCGCUUUAUUCCCGGUCAGAAAGCUGACACAGCCGGAUUCGUUCGCAUCUUGCUUGAUGACCUUGAAUCUAGGAUUUCAGUUUUGUUUAGCCGUUUUGUUGAUGAAGCUUGUCAUCAAAUUGAAAGAAAUGAGAGAAACGUUCGGCAAGCGGGAGUCUUGUUAUAUAUUACUAGAUUUGCCGCUCUUGCAACUCGUAUGGAGCAGUACAUCCAAGGGCAAUCAAGAGACUUGGUUGAUCAAGCUUAUACAAAACUUGUGACAAUGAUGUUUGUGACUUUGGAAAGAAUUGCUCAAGCUGACCCAAAAUAUGAAGAUAUCACGCUUUUGGAGAAUUAUGCUUCAUUUCAGAAUAGUCUAUAUGACCUGGCAAAUGUGGUGCCCACAUUAGCAAAGUUUUAUCAUCAAGCUAGUGAAGCAUAUGAACAGGCUUGCACACGUCAUAUUAGCAUGAUCAUCUAUUAUCAUUUUGAGAGACUCUUUGAAUUUGCUAGAAGGAUUGAGGAUUCCAUGUACACACUAGCACCCGAAGAGAUUCCAUUCCAGAUUGGAUUGUCAAAGGCGGAUCUUAGGAAGGUGGUGAAAUCAAGUUUAUCCGGGGUUGACAAGUCCAUUGGCGCUAUGUAUAAGAGAUUGCAAAAGAACAUAACAUCAGAAGAGCUGCUACCUUCCUUGUGGGAAAAAUGCAAGAAGGACUUUCUGGACAAGUACGAGAGCUUUUAUCAGCUUGUAGCUAAGGUUUACCCUUCAGAGACCAUACCAUCUGUCCAAGAAAUAGAGCAUUUAUGUAAAUAAACUUCGGUCAAUUGAUAACAACAUCCUCACCCUCUCUUAAUAUCUUUAAGAGUGAUUAUUAAUACUUCUGCGAUAUUUCAAUUUUCCAACCUGUCUAAUAUUGAUAGUGUCGAAAAUCAAUAUCACAAAAACUACUGAUUGAUAAAAUACAAGAGUUGUUAAAA